AUGACCAUUCCGCUCAUUGUACGCGCCGACGCGGGGAUCGCGCGCGCUCGGAUAGAAAUGUACGCCAAACGGCUGGCGGAUGACGUAGCGUCGGAGCGUAAACGGGCAUCGGUUGCGGCCGCCAUACAUACGCCCGAUCGCGUUCCCAACGAUAAAUUCGCGCUGGGCCUAAGUCAACACGGAGCGCCGCAUAGGUCCGGGCGGGUAACAAGAACCCAACUCCCCCCCCCCCCCCCUCCAUCCCUCGUCAGCCCCUCCCUGUGUCCUCAUCCCCGGCGAGACUUUCGCACGGAGCCGCGAUCCGCCGACCGGACGUCGCCGCAAUUACUCCCGUCGCGAUUAUUAUUGUGUGCCGCAUUGUGCCGUGCCGCCGAAUUGCGCGGCCGUCUCGUCUUCCCAUCCGGCAUUCGUGGUGCCGUGGCGGCGCAGCGCGCGAUAAGAAGCCGUGUGGCCAAUGCGCAGGGUCCGAUUUGCGCGAGCAAGGGCCGCGGCGAGGCGAACGGCGGUCCAGCAUUGUCCCGGGACAAUGAGCCGUCGCCGGUACGACACCUGCGGCCGACGGGCCGCGAGACGCCGCGCCAACGGGAGAUGAACGGAGAGCCCGCCCGUAACCGGUCCGAACUGGCUCGAACCAGUUCCGGCCUAGGAUUCCCAUGGACCGGAGAGCGCAGCGGAUGCCGUGCGACUACGGCCGCACAGAUACUCGAUUUUGGCAACAAGUUACAUCUAUCGCGUGAUAAACUCUCCCCAGCGUUCUGCAUCGCCUCCAUCAAUUGCACAACUCUCGGUGCGGACUGUCACGCGACGACGACGUUGAUGAUUGGCGAGGCUGAGGAGAAAUCAGCUUCCUCGAGGCCAGAGGCGUCCGCGGCUUAUCACCACGGCCCCCUACGACGUUCCGAUGCGGUAAUGUCGCGUAAUUAUUUUCAAGCAACGGCG